GGCGCGUGCUGCCCGGAGCCUGCGGCGCGCCUGCUGCUUCUGCCCCCAGCAGCCCGGGGCUUGGACCCAGCGGCCGCUCGCGGUGAGAGUGCGGGGCUGGAGAAGGGGCGCAGCAGCCGGGCCCCGCUCCGGGCCUCCCAGCCGGCUGCCCCUUUAAGGGAGCUGCCUGCAGCCGGGGCUUGUCCGCUCCGCAUCACUUGGCUCCGGCUUCUGCAUCAUGAAAACUUGAAUGGCCAGUUGGCGGGGCCGGGAGCCUGGCGGAGGCAGCCAGAGGAGCGGGGAGCGGCGGGCAGGGCAGGGCAGGGCUUCCCGCGCCGGGGCAGGCGGCUGGGGCGCCCCUAGGCUCGGAGGGGACGUGGUUUUCUCCCCAGAGCUCCCAGCACAAUCCCCGCGGGGCUGAGGGGAAGGCGGAGCCGGUAGCUGUCCCUCGGGGGAGCGGGCCCUCCAGCACCCCGCGGUGGGGGGGGCCCUGCGCCGGGAGCCCUCCAGCACCCCGGGGAGCCCUGCGCCUUUCCACUGCCGCUGUUUUCCUCUCCCCCCUUCCCCCCCGCUGGCUGUGGGUGGGAGCGGGUCCAUUUCAGCGCGGUGCCUCCUUUCCCAGCCCCCGAGGAGCGGUGUAUUUAUAUGCAGGUAUUUGCCGCCACCCGCUCCCCCCGGUCUCCGCCUCCCUCCUGCCGCCUUCGCCUUGAGCGCGCCAGUGGCGGCGCCGCGCCGCGGGGAGGGGACCGCCGGGCGGCUCCCGAGCCAGGCUCCCACCGCGGGCAGCGAUGCGCGCCCGGAGCCCGGCGGCGGCUCGGCCUGGUGGGACGGCCCCGGGCGAGCCUCGCCCCUCCGCCGCCGCCCCCGGGCCCGCUGCCGGCGGAGCAUGAAGCAGUACGAGGAUGUGUGACCGAGGCGUCCAGAUGCUGAUCACCACCGUGGGCGCCUUCGCAGCCUUCAGUCUCAUGAGCAUCGCGGUGGGCACGGACUACUGGCUGUACUCGCGGGGCGUGUGCCGGACCAAGGCCACGGCUGACAAUGAGACCAGCCGGAAGAACGAGGAGGUGAUGACCCACUCGGGCUUGUGGCGAACGUGCUGCCUGGAAGGAACGUUCCGAGGAGUGUGUAAAAAAAUCGAUCAUUUCCCGGAGGAUGCAGAUUAUGAGCAAGACACAUCUGAGUACCUCCUACGUGCCGUGAGAGCAUCCAGCAUCUUCCCCAUCCUGAGCGUGGCCUUGUUGUUCUUUGGGGGCCUGUGUGUGGCCGCCAGCGAAUUCUACAAGAGCAAACACAAUGUGAUUCUCAGCGCUGGGAUCUUCUUUGUCUCCGCAGGUCUCAGUAACAUAAUCGGGAUUAUAGUGUAUAUCUCUGCGAACGCUGGGGACCCGGGGCAGAGCGAUUCCAAGAAGAGCUACUCAUACGGCUGGUCCUUUUACUUUGGCGCCUUGUCCUUCAUCAUCGCCGAGAUGGUGGGGGUGAUCGCGGUGCACAUGUACAUCGAGAAACACCGCCAGAUCCGCGCCAAGUCCCACUCCGAGCUCCUGAAGAAGUCAGCCUUCUCUCGCCUCCCCACCUACCGGUACCGGUUCCGCAGGCGAUCCAGCUCCCGCUCCACAGAGCCCAGAUCCAGGGAUCUGUCUCCUGUCAGCAAAGGGUUCAGCACCAUCCCCUCCACCGACAUCUCCAUGUUCACCCUCUCCAGGGAUCCUUCCAAGGUGACCAUAGGGACACUGCUCAACUCGGAGCGGGAUCACACUUUUUUACAGGUCCAUAACUCCAUCCCCAAAGAGUUCAAGGAGUCAUUGCACAACAACCCAGCCAACAGACGAACCACACCAGUCUGAGCCAGCUCCUCCCCACACCGCCUUAGGCGCUGUGCCAACCAGGGAAGUAGAGGGAGGCGUUUUGUCUGGCUGCAUGACAUGAUCCUUGUGAUGGUGUUACCAGUGAAGCUCCGUUUUUAAAGAACAAACCCAAAUGGCUCCCAGGCCCACCCCACCCUUUAAAUGCCACUUGCCAGGCCAGGCCACUGUGUUCAUGGUUGAACUGUGCUUGGGCCCCGGAAUCCCACCCCUUUUCCUUCUGUGGUUGGAAAGGGACAUCGGCUUUGCUGUGACUUGCUGGGAGCAAGGCCCCUGAGGAUUGGCAGAGCGGUUUUGAGUGGCCUCUGGGACAGCGACUUCUCAAAGUCACCAUUGUUCAUGUUGAUCAUAACAAUCACAGUGUUAUCUUCACUGUAUGUCCCAAUGGCAACAUUGGAGACAGCCUUGUCUGUGAGAACCAUUAACCCAAUAGUUACAUUUAUGCGAAAUUGCCUAGAAGUUCAGGGUAUGAAGCUCUGAGUCGGCUAAUGUAAUGAGCGCUCAUGUGGUUAAAACAUUUUGCCUUGUUGUAAUGGAUGGAGCUCUUGGGUCUGGGUUUUUUUCUGGCAUUUCGUGCAUGCAUUAAAUAGCUUGGAAUCCAAUUUCUUCAUGUUGGGUUGGAAGAAACAUCCUUUCCGUAAUUUUCUGUGGUUUUGGAAAGGCUUGGGGGGGCGUAGGGGAGGCAGAGUGUGUUCCAUUCAGAUCAUGUAAAUGGACUAAGAAGCAGAUUCCCUCCAAUGACUAGUAGCAACUAGACUUUAUUUGAUUACCUACUGAUGUUAAACUGAAAGAAAUAGCUCCCUGAAAUUAACACACACACGCACAAGUGAAUAUGUGGGCACAAUUAAGGAGGGGAUGUUUGGCCUAGUCUUAUUUUAGAAGCUGGGUUUGCAUCUGAGCCUCUGGCAGUGAUCUGCGUGUCACUGGUGUAUGAGUCUGUAAUGAAGAAUGUUUCAAUUGACUGGGAGAUUAAAGAGAAAAGUAACAAUAAAAGUUUGGCGAAUCAGUUA